AUGUCUGACAAGCUCACUGAAUACUAUAACCGUGAUUUCAAGUCUGGCGAGUCUGAUUCAGCCCCUCCUCCGUACUCCGAGCAACACAGAUUUAUCGCUGAGCAUACCCAACAACCCUACGCUCAUCCUCCUUCUGAAGAACAAGGCUAUCGUUUUCUUCAUACACCAUCCACUGUCGCAUCAGGUUCCAGAGGACUGGCCGACUCAUAUUAUCAGGACGAUCAUGCCCAUAUCUCACCAUAUACCGCGCAGUCUGCUCAAUACUACCCUCAGCAGAACAGCUCAUCAAAUGCUACGAACACAUACCGUUAUCCCCUUCCCUCAGCCGCUUCUUCAUCCCAAUACUCUCAUGCAAUAACGGGUCCCUUGGGGAUCCGUCAAGGGACCCCUCCAGGAUUUACCUACAAUGGCAAGGCUCCUCCUAAGCGCGACCCUUUCACACCGCCUCCCCAAAGCUUCGCUCGCGCCCCGAAUCCCAACUGCCCUUAUCCGCUCCUUCCGUCUCCCAUUUACAUUCCGUCCCAAACCAGAACAGAUAUCUCAUCUGGAUUUGCACCCAUUUUUCCCGUUCCUGAGCUCCUUUUUGCUCACGACGUCCUCCCAGAGGACUUUUCACGCCUCCUUGAGGACUGUCACCUCAUGGGACAGCUCGUUCUCGGCGAUAAGAUCAAAGCAAACGUCUUGCCUAUGGUGUUCGGGAUAGGAUUCCUUCCUGGGCUGUUCGUGACGAGUGGAAUCGAGAACAAGAUGAGUAAGAAGAAAGUCGACGAUGUCAAUGGCCUCGUGGAGGUCUGGGACCAGGCAUUCUUUGCGCCGAGGAGAUUGCGAGUGUGGAUCGAAGCGGGGAAUCAGAGGGAUGGGAAAAGCAGGAGCCGCUCUUCGUCUUCAUCAUCUUCAUCUUCUCGCUCUAGCUCGGAUGGAGAGCGUAUCAGGAGAGGAUUAUCAGAUAUAGGGAUGAGGAGUGACAGGAAGGAGAGGCGACGCCAAGCGCGCAGAGACCGAAGAAAAGAACACCGAGAGCGUAAAGAAGAUCGUAGAGAACGGAGGCACGAAAGAAGGGAAUCAAAGCGUGGGCAAGGAUCGACGAGUGCUGUCAAUCAGGUUUACUUGGUCAUUGGCAACCGUUAG